AUGCAAGCGUUACCCCGUGACUUCAGACCGUGUGCUAAGCUAUCCCAGCCCCUUCAUACCACUUUCUCCUAUCGCAAUUACCUUCCCCAAACCUUUCACCAAAACAGAAUGCAUUUGAAUAAGUGGACCACUCUUUUCCCAAUCAUUCAAGAUAUUUGCAAUAUCUCGGGAAUCCCAGGUGUAUCGCUAGGUGUCGUGGAGAACAAGAAGUUCCACACCGCUUCAUUCGGUUACGCCGACAUCACAAGCAAAACUCCCUGCGAUAGCGACACGACUUAUGUCUUAGGAUCCCUUAGUAAGGGCAUUACUGCUGCUAUAGUUGCUUCACUUCACGAUGACGGCACUAUUCCUUCGUGGGAUACUCCACUGGAGUCACUAUUGCCAGUGUUCCAUCGCGAGGAUAUAUACGGCGAAAUCACUCUGAGCGAUUUGCUCACACAUCGCACUGGUCUCGCAGCUCUCGACUCUCUUUGGCUCUCCUCGAACAAUGACCCGUAUCUGCCUAGAUCAGAGGCUAUCCGUCUACUCAACCACGCGCCGGGUGUCCAGCCGUUUCGAACUCAAUUCAUCUACAAUAACUUCGGAUAUGAGAUUCUCGGUCAGGUGAUUGAAAAGGUGACUGGCUCGUCAUUUGCGGAUGUCCUGCGACGUCGGAUCCUAGAGCCGCUUAAAAUGCGCCACACAUACUACACUGGAGAAACGCGUGGACACGAAGCUAAGCCCUAUGCUGCGCUGGAGAAUGGGUCAAUGAUCUCUGUUCCACCGCCACUAUAUGGGAAAGAUGUGUUGAUGGGCUCAGCUGGGGGUAUACGAAGCUCUGUUAACGAUCUAUUAAUCCUCUAUCAAGCCUUCAUGAGUGCUGAGCGCGAGUCGGCCAAUCCCCAGAAGCCUGUUAUUCGGGAUAUUCAACAGCUAUGGAGAGGACAUCAGAAUAUACCUCACCCAUCUAUCAGAGAGCACUCUUAUGGCUUCGGCUGGGCACGAGCCCAAUUACCCGCUCAGCUCUCCCGGGGUCCCGAUCCACUCAGGCCUAUUGUUGGAACAGGAGCAUCAUCGCAGCUCGCAAUAUUUCACGGAGGUGCCAUCACCGGGUAUAACACCUACAAUGUUUUACUCCCUGAAAUCGAAAGUGCGGUUGUCGUGCUCACUAAUUCCCAAUCUUUAAAUGGGGGAGUUGAGUUGAUCGGUGAACUUCUUGUCGAAAUGCUCCUGAACAAUUCCCACAAUGCCGCCGACUAUCGCAAUUUAGCCAAACUAUCGGUCGAUGCUACAUUACAACAAGAAAUUAGCAUCAAUCAGAGGCUUGUCGCAGGCCGGACAGUGAAGAAGCCUUCUAGGCCCCUCGAUGCGUACAUUGGAAAAUAUUUCAACGCGGCUGGCAAUUUUUUUAUUCAAAUCAGAUAUACCAAAGACAAAAAAGGUCUCGAGGUCGCAUACAUGGGCCGAAAUGCAGAUGCAUUCAGACUUUUCCCUUAUCAGAGAGACAGCUUCUUUUGGACGUUGACGCAUGAUGAGUCUGCGAAGCUUGCGCGAGAGUUCGUUUUUCCAAUUGAAUAUCACAUAAUCAAAUUUGACUCUCAGAAUGGCUCGAACGUCUCUUGUCUUUGGUGGAAGCAUGAUGCUGAUCUGCCCGAGCCUGGGGAAAUAUUCGUGCAGACAAAUAAGGGAGAUCACGAACAUGUCAGAGAAGAGCUAUGA